GCCACAGAGCGGUUCGAGCAGGACGCAGCGCUAGAAGUGUCGCUCGCUACGCCUCUGCAUCACUGCCCGAGCUUCAACCAAGCCCUGGCGGUGCUGUGGCUCCAGCGCUUGGGGAUCCAGGCCUUGUUGAAGUGCUGGGCCGAUGUGAACGACGUGACCCGCAAAGAGUCCAAGGAGACGCCG